UUUAAUUUUUAUUUGACAGUCUCAAUACAAUGGCGGUGUACACACUUUUUUUACUUAUUACUUUACCUUGCAUACUCCUGAGCCGCUAUAGAUAAGGAAACGUUUUGAGCGGUCUCUUGAAUGUAUUAAAUUGAAUUGAUAGCUUUUGUUAUCUUUUCGAUUAAUUAUGCUCUCCAGCUGAAAAGAAAAAAAAUAAUCAUACAUCAUACAUACCAACUGUUUCGGUUGUACUAAAAAUAAAUCAAUGUAUUUACCAUUUUGUUGGAAUCUGUGGGAUGUUUCGAGUUCUUUUCGUAGCCACCAUUACUGUUGGCAUCAUUUGAGCUUUUGUUAAUGUUGAAUUGGUCCACAGGAGUACAAUUUGUUGUGCCGUACAUUAUUUGAGUGUGCUGUUUGGGAUUUUCAUUUAAUUUAUUGCCAUUUUCCGUUAAGAAGUUUAUGACCAGCAGUACCACUGUGGUCACUAUGAUGAGCGCGGUGCGUUGGAGGUCAAUUGUAAUUACAUUAAAUGACUGGAAUGAGGGUAUGCUAGUCAUAAUACCAAAAGAAGGUGAAUUAAGUGAAUACCUAUCCCAAGCAAAAUCUUCACAACUAUUAAUAUCAAACGUAUUUAUAAAGCUGUCGAAUCAAACCUGUGCGAAAAUCAAUUUGGUUUUAGAACUUCCCGGUCAUGUGUUGAUCUCAUUAACACAGUGCGGAUAAAGCUUUUGACAGCUUUGGAUUUUAUUUGGCGGUUGCUAAGAAGGAGAGAUCCUUCAUAUGCGGAAACUCUCAGAUCCGUUAGAAGUUUCUAUUGGUGUUUGUCAAAAUUGUAUUCUGUCACCUAACUUUUUCAUCUUAGUUUUGGAUAAAGUAAUGCUAUCCACAAUUAGUGGACGGAAAGGUAUACAGUGGACGCCUUUUACACAGUUAGAGGAUUUUGAGUACGCUGAUGACCCAACUAAAUAAUAUGAGUUCUUCAUGGAACACAAUAUGCUGAGAAGCAAACAAUAGAGUAAGAGAGGGUUUGUUGAGGUCCUAUGCUCCACUAUUAGAAGAGGACUACAGUAAGUAUAUAACAACUUCCGUCUCUGCACCCAUUGAGUUACCUGGUCGGAAGAUAUAUUUAGAUUGGGGCUUGCAACAACAAUAUGAUAUGCCUUAUAAUGUAUCACAGUUCACAAGUGUAGCAAUAUGGCCAUAUUCACGCAAAUAUGCAAGAGACUUGGAUUUUGUCAACAAAACUACAGAUUUGCGAGUUAAUGGAGGCGAAUAUGGUGAGGAUUCCUCUGGUAGAAAGAUACAUUCAAAGGAUUUCACAGCUGGAGAAUUGUAUCGAAGUUUUGAGGAUCUUUUGGUAAGUUACGAUUUUCAUGAGACUUGCUUGCUGCGUAGUGUUUGUGAAUUGGCUAGACAUCCUUUUGCUGAAGAACAGCAAAAUAUUUUGACCGAAGUUCUUACAUUUUUCUUGACACCAUCAUUGCAUGAGAGUUUUGCAAAAAAUGAAGAUCUUUAUCGUGAAGUGUACGAAGAAGCUGAGCAGUGUGGUUUUCUGGGUGAAAAUUGCUCUGAAAUUUAUAAUGAAUGUAAACAGGAUUUAAUAAGUGCUGUGACAAAAAUUGUGACUUAAGUAAAUUUAAUGUGGAAUACUAUA